CACUUCCUACGCGAUUUCUCAGAACUGUCUAGCUCCUCCUCAGGGACUUUCCUGGGAAGGUCUCUCGGGCGUCCAGACCCCACCGCAAAGUCCCUUCAGGUGUUUCGCGAUUCGCCGAGCAGGUGUUGGCCCCAGGAGCAUUUCCCUCCGGGCCGAAUGCGCAGUGGACUAUGCCCCUUCUGACCCAGCAGAUCCAAGAUGAGGAUGAUCAGUACAGCCUUGUGGCCAGCCUUGACAACGUUAGGAAUCUCUACACUAUUUUGAAAGCUAUUCAUUUCCGAGAGCAUGCCACGUGUUUCGCAACUAAAAAUGGUAUCAAAGUAACAGUGGAAAAUGCAAAGUGUGUGCAAGCAAAUGCUUUUAUUCAGGCUGGAAUAUUUCAGGAAUUUAAAGUUCAGGAAGAGUCUGUUACUUUUCGAAUUAAUUUAACUGUCCUUUUAGACUGUUUGUCUAUUUUUGGAUCAAGUCCUAUGCCAGGGACUUUAACUGCACUUCGGAUGUGUUACCAAGGUUAUGGUUACCCUUUGAUGCUGUUUCUGGAAGAAGGAGGAGUGGUAACAGUCUGCAAAAUCAAUACGCAGGAACCUGAGGAGACCUUGGAUUUUGAUUUCUGCAGCACCAAUGUUAUUAAUAAAAUUAUUCUGCAGUCAGAGGGGCUCCGUGAAGCAUUUUCUGAAUUGGAUAUGACGAGUGAAGUCCUACAAAUUACCAUGUCUCCUGACAAGCCUUAUUUCAGGUUAUCUACUUUUGGAAAUGCAGGAAGUUCCCACCUUGACUAUCCCAAAGAUUCUGAUUUGAUGGAAGCAUUUCAUUGUAAUCAGACCCAAGUCAACAGAUACAAGAUUUCUUUACUGAAACCCUCUACAAAGGCAUUAGUCCUAUCUUGUAAGGUAUCUAUUCGGACAGAUAACAGAGGCUUCCUUUCAUUACAGUAUAUGAUUAGAAAUGAAGAUGGACAAAUAUGUUUUGUGGAAUAUUACUGCUGCCCUGAUGAAGAAGUUCCUGAAUCUUGAGUCUUGAGUAUGACAAUUCACUGAUAUUUAUGUGUACAUUUAUGACAGAUGAAGUUCUUAUUCUGAGUACAGUACUCUUUAUAAUUUCAUAUUGGAUUUUCUAUAGAGAAGAAGCACUAUGGGGAAGAUAGGAGCAAGGUCGUGUACCUAAUAGUUACUGUGUUUUCUAAAUACAUUUUGUAGAGGGCAUGUAAAUAAAUGUUUUCAUGUAGUCAUAGAUUAUUAAGGGCUGUCCUUUAGUUCUGUCUUUUGAACUCACAGUUGUGUGAGCCAAUGUAACAUUUCAAGAGUCUAAAGGCUUAAAGUUUGAUGCAGCUACCUGAAAUGUUCUUUUAUUUAUUUGCUAUUAGAAAAAGCAAAGGCAUAUGAGCAUUGCUUAUUAGUUUGAAUUCUAGAGACUAGAUCAUAAAGUGGUGGUUCUCAAAGUGUUGUGCCCACACCAACAUCAGAACGGCCUGCAAACUUGUAGCAAACUCUGGGGAGGAGGCCAGCAUUCUGUAUUUUAACAAGCUUCCCUCAGGAGAUUCUGAUGCAUGCUAAAUUUUGGGAACCACUGGUUUAAAGGAAACUUUUUUCUUUAAUAGGAAACUUUUUUUCUUUAAUAGGAUUUAAUUGUAUUGAGAUAAUUGCUUUUACAUGUAAUUUCCUUGCAAAUGUUCUGAAGUUAAGGCACCACUAAACAAGUCUGAACAAUUCUUUAUGUGAUUUAUUUUUAAAGUAGACCUUUUAAAGAGAUCUGUGAAUGGGAUAUAAAGCAAUUUUCAGUGUUACAGGUUUUCUUCUUGUUCUCAAAACUGUUCACUGUAGUAAGUAACGGCAGUCAGUACUUAUUACUUUCCAUUUGCCUAUGAGUUUCUUGACAAAUCAAGAUGUAGAAAACCAGUUAUUAAGUGAUUUUGUACUUUCCUGGUAGUUGUCACUAAAAUAAUUUUUGUGGCAUAUAAAUAUAUUUAAUAAAAUACAAUACUAAAAUUAUCUGACUUACUCUCUAGUAGAAAAAAUUAUAUGAGUACAGUGAAGCUUCUGUCUUUGUUACCGUACCAGGUGAUAACAGCUCAGUGUCCGUUCGUGGACAGCACUAUUGGCCUUUUGAGUGAGAUGGUUCUUUAGGAUAAAAAACUCAUCCCAUUGCAGGAUUCAUUUAGCCUUUCUGGCCCUUACCCACUGAUGCUAGUCAUUGUGACCACCACCUCCCCCAAAUAAAAGUGUACCAAAGUAUUAAUUGUUGAGAACCAUUCAGUGAUAUUCACCAAAAUUGGAAGAUAUAUUGGAAUGCCCUACCUCAAUAUAGGUCACAUAGUGUUAGAGAAAAUUGGUUUGGAGAGUAUUACAGCAAAGUGUGCUGCAAGGAGGCCACUCCAGCACAGUGGCAGGCACUGCUUCCCAGGCAUAUGGACAAUUUUGGGAGGUGGCCAGGGUCAGUACCUGAUAACUAAUAAGUCUCUCAAUCUCAGCAUGCCUAGUGGCUACAAAAGAAGUUGGAAUUUUUUAAAGUGUAUGUGUUCAAGAAGGAAAGAUAUUAAUUUACUAAAUGUUGUCAGAAUAUUAUUUGUUUAAACACCAAAAACAGAACAAACCUAAAAGAUACUUACAGAAUAUCUAAUCAGUCAACAUUCUAAAGACUGUUAAAUGUGAAAUAGCAUAGUUAUUUUUUGUCUUUUGUUACUAGUGUGAACAAAGAACAGUGCCUAAUAUGUAAUAGGCAUUUAGGAACUUUGUUAUAUGAAAGAAUCUCCAAUUUCAGAUUUUCUGUUAGCAUCUUAUUAGUCACUGUUUAAUUCUGAUGAUUUAGCUCUAAAUUUAUUUUGAUCUAAGGUUUUUUAUUUUUAUUUUUGGAGACAAGAUCUUGCUCUGUUGCCCAGGCUGGAGUACAGUUGUAGGAUCACAGUUCACUACCUAGGCUCAAGCAAUCCUCCCAUCUCAGCCUCCCAAAUAGUAAGGACUAUAGGUGCAUGCCACCAUGCCCUGCUAAUUUUUGUAUUUUUGUAGAGACGGGGUUUCACUAUGUUGCCUAGGGUAAUCUUGAACUCCUGAGCUCAAGCAAUCCACCCGCCUUGGCCUCCCAAAAGGCUGGGAUUGCAGGUGUGAGCCACCACGCCUGGCCUAAUGUAUUUUUUAAAAGUUGAAUCUAAAAAGAAUUUGAAACAAAUAUAAAUCAGCUCAGUAAAUGGUUAUUUUUGCACAUUUAAAACUAUUAUUUUAGGCCGGGCUUGGUGGCUCACACCUGUAAUCCCAGCACUUUGGGAAGCCGUGGCGGGUGGGUCAUCUGAGGUCAGGAGCUCGAGAUCAGCCUAGCCAACAUGGUGAAACCCCCGUCUCUACUAAAAAUACAAAAAUUAGCCGGGUGUGGUGGUGGGUGUCUGUAAUUCCAGCUACUCGAGAGGCUGAGGCAAGAGAAUCACUUGAACCUGGGAGGCGGGGGUUGCAGUGAGCUGAGAUUGCGCCCUUGCACUCCAGCCUGGGUGACAGAGCAAGACUCCGUCUCAAAAACAAUGAAAAAUUAAAAUAAAAAUUAUUGUUUUAGCUGCAUGUCUUCAGCUAUUUAGAAUUCAGAGACUAAGAAUUGUUUCUAAGUCACCCUAACAUCAAGGUACUUAUUUUAUAAAGAAUUUCCUCCUUAUGUGUGUUCUAUUUGAUCCAGGCAUUUUUACUUUAAUAAAAGUUUAACUUUAUUUCCUAUGCAAAACCACUAGGGGGAGUGCUCUCUCAGGCAGAGCAGGCGACACUUUGGUGCCACCACAAAUUGAUGUGUAGCAUAUAGAAGAACAGAGUCUUAUAUGUGACUUUUAGUUCUGUCUUUUUGAAGUUUAUCUCUCUUUCUAGUAAAAUUGUGCUUACUGUGAAUGGAUAAGUAAUCUUUUUUUUCAUUUUUCAUUUGUUGAUUUCCCAUUCAAUGAUGUAGUGCUUCCACCUAGAAUUGGUGAAAUGCUUCAAAAUAAUACAAAUAAAAAUAUUUGUUAAAUUUCACUUUUCUAAUAAAAAUAAGGCUUGUAACACAAUCAUUUUAACAGGAAGCCACAGGGUUUCUGUGGUAUUAUCAAAGUCCCAGUAAAAAUUAAUUAAAAUUGUAAAAGGGCAGAAUGUGGCACUCUCAACAGUGGGGUAGGGAAUCAUUCAGAACAUAGAGACUUCCUUCUCUCCUUCCCUGUCUUCACACUGCUUGUCCCUUAUCCCCACCUGAAAUAAAAUCUAUUGGGUCCUGAGAAA